CAAUAAAUCACAUAUCUUAUUUGUAACUAUACAUAUGUAUAUGUAAUAUUAGAUCCUACACAUGUAUGUUAUGUCUAUAUAUGUGUGACAUUGAUAUUUUGACAGGUUCAUCUGAUGAAAGAUUUCUUAUUGUAUCUCUGAUAAUUUAUUAAAUACUCAUAGAUGGCGAUCAGAUUAGAUUACCUUAAGCUUGGAUGUUUUUUUAUCUGUUGCGAAAAUGUGCGUCAACAUCAGUGUAGCUUCUAUCAUAACGAAAGACGCAAUACUGUGAUCGGAAAACAUAUAUUGUAAUCUUUAGUUUUUCGUGCUUUUUUUUGCGUUAGUCAGUGUUAAACCAAUUAAAUAUGUGCGCCAAUUCAUAGAAGAAGAAAAAUACUAGAUCUUAACGCAAUUGCUUAUUAUUAAAUUGUAUAACAUUUUGUUACUGCCCAAAUUUCUUUGUGUUAUAAAUAUUGAAAUUGUAUAUAUUAGAUAUUUGAGACUAUAAACUCUUUCAGUGGAAAUAAAAUAUUGUAUAAUAUUAUGUUCUCUGCACAGUCUCUUCCCAUAAUACUCUUUGGAUAAGUAAUUUGAGUUAUUUUAAAAAUUUCUACAAAACUUUAUUCCGGUGUAUAAUUUAAUUUUACAUUAAUUUGUAAAAUGUCUACAAAAGUGCCACCGGAUGGAGGAUGGGGAUGGAUUAUUGUUCUUGCCGGUGCAUUAAAUGGCAUAUCGACUAUACCGAUUAUCCAAAUAUUCGGAUUGAUAUACAAAGAUUAUUUCGCCAAGCUUAAUAUGAAUGCGACAGAUAUCUCAAUUAUAAUCAAUGUAAAUUUGGCAUUUGGUAUGAUGUUCGGAAUGAUUAAUGGGGCCCUUUUGAAAACCUUUGGAUACCAGAAAGUAGCGAUAGCUGGAAGUGUAAUGUACACAGUAGGGGUAAUGUUGACAGCAUUCGCCAAUACCUUUACUUUCUUUCUUAUUUGUUACGGAAUGUUAACAUCUAUUGGUUUGGGUAUGUCAAUGUCUGGAUUUUCUCUGGCAAUUAAUACUUAUUUCACUACAAGACGAAAUCGAGCUAUGGCCUUGGCAGUAACUAUCACCGGACUAGGCCCAAUUCUUAUGCCUCAAGUAGCAUCCUUCUUACUUGCAUUCUACGGUGUACAGGAAACCGUCUUGAUACUUGGCGCUUACAGUCUUCAUUCGAUGAUAGGCGCAUUGCUGCUAGAACCAGUUAAAUGGCACAUGAAAAGAAUACCCAUCUGCUUAGAGACAAUUCCUGAAAAUUCUAAAAUUUUAAGCAAUAAUGAAGAAGAUAUAUCGACCCAUAAUGAAGCUAAAGAAGAUGAAACUAAUAUAUAUUCUUCGAGACUGACGUUGGACAGCUCUCAGAGGAAAAGGAAAACGACUAUAUCAAGUAUUGAUCACGAUGUCGAAGUUGGAAGCAUUUACGGGUUUGAUAUCCCUUUAUCUACACAGGUUUCUAUAGAUAAAACAAUGUAUAAUGCAAAUGACACGGAGAAGUCAAUAAUUAAAGGAGCGUCAAUGACAAAUUUAGAUGAUAGCCGUAAAUGUUCAAAAUAUUCAUUUAACUCAGCAAAAAGUGUGCAAAGUAUAAAUCUCGGUAGUAGCAUAAAAAUUUUUGACGAAUCUAUAUUGGUAACGAAAAAAUUGACUUUCAUCGAUAAUAGAGUAAAUAAAAGUGUAAAUCAGAACAUUAUGGAAAAGAAUUCGCUAUUAGAAAAAGAGAACAGUCAGACAAAGGUGUCAGACAAAGAAAAUUAUGAUAAAGACAAAGAUGAAUCCGCCACCUCCCGAUAUUUUCGUCGGAUAGCUAAUCUUUACGAUUUUGAUCUUCUACGCGAUCCAACUUACAUAAAUAUUAUGUUGGGAAUGUCGAUAGCGAUUUUUGCCGAGAUAAACUUUUCCAUGCUGACGCCGUUUAUUCUCGCUGAUAUGGGAAUGACAAGGAUAGAAAUUGCCAAUAUCAUGAGCGUCAUCGCGAUAGUCGAUCUCGUUGGCAGAGGCGUCUCACCGUAUCUGGGAGAGUGGCUACGUCAGCCAUCUAGGAUAAUGUAUAUGCUUAGCCUGUUUCUUCUGAUAAUUAGCAGAACCGCACUAAUUUUUACAAAGAGUUUCCUUUCCGUACUAAUUGUUGCAAUGGGUUUGGGAUUAGCGAAAGGAAUUCGCUCAGUGUAUAUGACUUUAGUGGUACCCAGCUACGUUCCCAUCCAUAAGUUACCCAGCGCUUCCGGAAUACAGAUGUUAACCAACGGAGUGAUCCUUACGUGUGCUGGUCCAACACUAGGUUUAAUACGAGAUAGUACAGGAAACUACACAAUUUGUAUUAUACUAAUUAAUUUUGUGACCAUCAUCACGUUAUUUAUGUGGACAAUAGAGAUAUUACUUGUACGGAGGAAGUCUGCACGGCGGAAGUCAAAAUUAACCGAAAUAUCUUAAAAUACAUAUAAUGUACAAAAUAAUUUUAUUUAUAUAAAUAAAUCAUUUUCAACAUAUCUA